CCUCUCAGGUCUCAACGGUUCUCGAACUGAAAGGAUCUUCUGGAAGGUCCUCUUCUCUUGUAUAGUGGUGCUAUUCUUAUAACUAAACCCUAACCCCCAUUUGCCUCUGCUGCCUUCGUUAUCCAGUUAUCCACACGAAGCUACCACUGUUGCACAAUUAAAGCAUAACAAUACCAGUUUCUCAUUCAGUCAUUUGGAGAAAUGGCUACCUCCAAUGCUCUCUCAACAACGUCUAUCCUCUGUUCCCCCAAACAGGGGAGUCUUGGUCGGAGGGGAAGUCAGCACCAAAGUCAAAAGCUAAACUUCCGACCACCAAACAGGCGUUUAUCCGUCCAAGCUUCUGCAAAGGAAAUUCUGUUUGAUCAAAGCUCUAGGGCAGCACUUCAAGCUGGCAUUGAUAAGCUUGCUGAUGCCGUCGGGCUCACUCUUGGUCCUAGGGGGAGGAAUGUUGUCUUGGAUCAAUAUGGAAAUCCUAAAGUUGUUAAUGAUGGGGUAACGAUUGCGCGAGCUAUUGAGCUGCCUGAUCCCAUGGAAAAUGCUGGAGCAGCUCUCAUUAGGGAGGUUGCCAGUAAAACAAAUGAUUCUGCUGGUGAUGGAACGACAACUGCAUCAAUUCUAGCCCGAGAAAUAAUCAGACUUGGACUUUUGAGUGUCACCUCUGGUGCUAAUCCAGUCUCACUAAAGAGGGGAAUUGAGAAGACUGUACAGGGUUUGGUAGAAGAGCUAGAGAAGAGGGCUAGGCCUGUCAAGGGCUCUGAUGAGAUUAAAGCUGUUGCUUCCAUCUCGGCCGGAAAUGACGAGCUAAUUGGGACAAUGAUUGCUGAUGCGAUCGGCAAAGUUGGGCCUGAUGGUGUUUUGUCUAUUGAGUCCUCGUCGGCAUUUGAGACUACAGUAGAGGUUGAAGAAGGAAUGGAGAUUGAUAGAGGUUAUAUUUCCCCUCAAUUUGUUACAAAUCCUGAAAAAUUAAUUUGUGAGUUUGAGAAUGCUCGUGUGCUGGUCACCGAUCAGAAGAUUUCUGCUAUCAAGGACAUAAUUCCCCUGUUAGAGAAGACUACUCAGUUGAGAGCUCCUUUGCUUAUAAUUGCAGAGGAUGUCACUGGGGAGGCUUUGGCUACUCUUGUCGUGAACAAGCUGCGAGGAAUCAUUAAUGUGGCUGCCAUAAAAGCACCUGGCUUUGGGGACCGAAGGAAAGCUAUGCUUCAGGAUAUUGCCAUCCUUACUGGGGCCGAGUUCCAAGCCAGUGAUCUGGGUCUGCUUAUUGAGAACACCUCAGUUGAGCAGCUUGGAACAGCUAGAAAGGUGACCAUUAGCAAAGAUUCCACUACAAUUAUAGCAGAUGCAGCUUCCAAGGAUGAGCUGCAAGCGAGGAUUGCUCAGUUGAAAAGGGAGUUGGCUGAGACAGAUUCUGUUUAUGAUUCAGAGAAACUGGCUGAAAGGAUUGCAAAAUUGUCUGGUGGGGUGGCUGUUAUCAAAGUAGGAGCUGCAACAGAAACUGAGCUGGAGGACCGUAAGCUCCGAAUCGAGGAUGCUAAGAAUGCAACUUUUGCAGCAAUAGAGGAAGGAAUUGUGCCUGGUGGAGGUGCUCCUUUGGUUCAUCUCUCGACUGCAAUUCCUGCAAUUAAGGAAAUGCUUGAGGAGGCAGAUGAGCGAUUAGGAGCUGACAUUGUGCAGAAGGCACUGGUGGGGCCAGCAGCAUUGAUAGCUCAAAAUGCUGGAAUUGAAGGGGAGGUGGUUGUGGAGAGAUUGAAGGAGAGUGAAUGGGAGGUGGGUUACAAUGCCAUGACAGACAAGCAUGAGAAUCUGGUGGAAGCUGGAGUCAUUGAUCCUGCAAAGGUGACAAGAUGUGCAUUGCAAAAUGCAGCAUCUGUAGCGGGAAUGGUCCUUACAACUCAGGCAAUUGUUGUGGAGAAGCCCAAACCCAAGACUCCAGUAGCUGGUGCGCCUCAAGGUCUUGCUGUAUGAUAUAUAGGAAUCUUACAAUUAUCUUUUAGGUUUUUAGAGGAUGAUAGGAGUGUUUCAACUGCAGGAGGAAUGAAAUAAAUGCUCAGUUUUUCUGAAUCUGAGGCUUUUUUUUUUCCCCUGAAUUGGAUCUUUUAAAUUAAAAUUUUGUGGCACUCAAGAGUAAUCA